AUGUCUAAACAAAGUGACACCGAAGUAAACAGUACGAAUGGAUCCCUGCGUGAAGAAUCUAUUAUUGACGUAGAAGAAAACGUGACGUCAGCUGAUCAGAGAGAAGAUUCGGACAACGAGGACAUCAACAAAUCUGGCUCGUCUUUUAUACGGUAUUUCAUCAUUGUCAGCUUGUUUGUCCUUCUUGCAACAGGCGGCAUCACCUUGUAUUUUACUGUGUUCAUGACACGAGAGCUAUUGCCUUCCAUAGACGAGGAUACCACUUUUUCAGUACAAGAAAAUGUACCCGGCCAAGCUUCUGUCAAAGGUAUUUAUUUAUUUCCUUACAUUCUUAGAGACUGUUUGCUUGCCAUAUGGACAUAUUAUAACCGGAAGUGCUACGUGUACAGCUCCACGCCUGUGCAUAGUUCAGACGCAAAGGAAUAUUGCGCGGAUUUAGACGCACUCCCCCUUGUUAAUGAUAGCAAGGAGGCGAAAAAUGUUCAAGAAUUCAUGAAUACCCAAAUAAACAGAUAUAUAGGAUGUUGUAUUGCCGAACUUGAAAUGUUUGCUCACCACUUUGGCUUUCUUGAGGACCCUUUCGAGGAUGGACAAGAUGAGCAUACUGACCAUACGCCACAAUUCUUGAAUGCCAAGACUACUGUGAAGAAUCUUGCAGACGACAAAUCAAGUACAGAUGGUGUUACACAGCCAGCGUUAAAAUCCGGUUGGCCUUUUUUCAUUAAUCCAGAUAUAGAAGAACAUGAAAUGCAUUCACUGCCACAAACAACUAAAAGUACUAACACAAAGAUGGUGUCGAUCAGUAACUCUUUACCUACUCCCACUUCCAGUUUCGGAUUUUGGUUAGGCGCCGGACACCAGCAUAACCAUGGCACUGAAACGGAAGCCGUAGACGAAAAUUCUACCCCUAAUCACCAUCAACCAACAGUUCAUAGCAAUGCAGAAUUAGAAGACGGUGGACUAGAGCAAGACAGCGACAAAACACAGACAACCAAAUCACAAGAUAAUCAAGGCGCCAGUGGAGAAAUGAAGGCAAUAAGGAAUGAGUCUGUAUUUUUAUACUGCAGGAGUCUCGUGUACAUUUUUCAUGCAUGGCAUGAUGUUGGUUGUAACAGAAGUUUUAUACAAAUCUGUGAAAGAAAUCCUUCACCGGAAAUUGGAUUGAACACCGACAUUUUGCCCAUCUUAGGGUAAAUAUUGAGUGCAUAGGUGAAAGUAAAAAACAACUUUCAUAUUUUGCUAUACUUUUGUAUUCUAUUUGGCAAAAAUUAUAAACAACCCACCUGACUCGCGAAAUAUUACAUAAGUAUCAAGUAACGUACAAUUUAUGAAAAGAGUGGAACAGUCUUUUUACAUUUUAGGCAAUUUCGAUUUUUUUUUAUCCUAACCAUUAUUUUAUCAAGAUUUUUUAUCAAUGACUCUUAUAAUAGUCAAUCAUUCGAACUUCAUAACAAUUUAGCUAAUCUUGACAACGACAAAAUGAG